UCACUCUGUUUUUAUACAAAAAAAAAAAAAAAUUCGAAAUGUCGGACGCUGUGGACAAAAUGUUGGCGGGAAUGGCCAUCAAUCGGCAGACGAUGAACCGGCAGUUAACCAAGAUAGACGAGAUAAUGGAGAGAUCAAACAACACUCUACUCCACAUCGAGUCCAACAGCAAGGCACUCAGUCAGAAUGUGGCUCUCGCGGACUCCCAAAAGGUUUACAACCUUCGCCCGGAGGAGGAGAUGUCGCUUUCCAAGAUCCUGGAGAACUUUAAGCUGCUGAUGCGGAGCAGCGACCAGCGGGAGGAGGCCUUCAGCGCUUUGGACGGCUGUCUGGCCUACCGGCAUCGCGUGGAGCACCUGGGCAGCUCUGUGAGGAAACUGGUGGCCCUCUACGACACCGUGGGCCAGAUGAGGAGCUCCCAGGAGGAGCGGGAAGUCAGCGAUGAGUCGCCCUAA